AUGAAGCUAUGUUUUGUGACUGUCGGGGCCACGGCUUCCUUCGAAAAACUACUUGAACAGGUGCUUACUCCGGACUUUCUGCAAACCCUGGCAGAGCGCCAUUACACCCAUCUUCUCCUUCAGUAUGGCAAAGAUGGCGAGAAAAUCUACAACAGUUUCCUUGACAGCGGGAAAUCCCACCAUGGGCUCAUCCUCGGAGGAUUCGAUUUCAAGUCCAGCAUAGAACCAGAAAUGAUCAUGACCACCGAAAGAGAAAAACAGGAGCAACAGCGUGGCUUAAUCAUCUGUCAUGCUGGAAGUGGAACCGUUCUAGCAGGACUUCGCCUGGGCACACCCUUGAUUGUGGUUCCCAACCCUGACCUUGCCGAUAAUCACCAGCAAGAACUUGCAGAUGUGCUUGAGCAAGAUAAUUAUGCAGUCAGCAGUACCAUUCAGGACAUAGGAAGUGCCAUUGCCAAAGCAGAACUGCAGAAGGCUGAGGUAUUCUCCUCGAGAUCUGGAAAUAAUACACUGUUUGAGAACAUAUCUGACCAAAUGGGCUUUUUGGAUUGA